AUGUAUCAUUAUGGUAAUAUGUUAAAAGAUAGUGUUUAUACUUAUAUUACUGAUUUAGGAUUGUGUCGACCAGUAAAUGUAAAAUCUUCUCAAAAUGAAUAUGAAAAACAAGUAUAUGGAGUAUUACCUUACAUGUCGCCUGAAAUUUUAAGAGGAGGGGAAUAUACUCAAAAAAGUGAUAUUUAUGGAUUUGGGAUUAUUGCAUAUGAAGUCUAUCCUUCAAAACGACCUAAAACAAAAAAGUUAUAUAACUUAUUAAAUGAUUUAUAUGUACGUAAACAUUAUGGUGAAAUCAAUAAGCAAAUUGAAGAAGCAGAUAAAAUUAAUGAGAAAUUAACUUCCGGUUUAUCGAAUUUCACUGUGUAA